AUGCGCCAGGGCGGCCAGGCCUCCCACAGGCCCACAGUCUCCGUGUCGGCUGCUCGCUGGCUGGCUGGCUCACUCACUGAAUGGGUGCUGUCAGCCCAGGGCCACCGUUGCGCGCUCGCCGCGAUGUUGUUGCUCAGACUCUUUCGUUCGCCACCUCCUCAUCCCUCUUCACCAUCUCUCCACUCCUUUGAUCCCCCCCAUUCUUCACCAUGUCGGAGUCUCAGGACAUCAAGCCCCGUGCUGAGGACGACCUCAUCGCCCCCACCCCCCCAAAACACCCCCCUCAACACCCAGGUUCUCGCCAACCGUCCCGCCGGUCUCGGAAAGCCCCAGGUCGAGGACGUUGCUGAGGACGAGGACGAGGAUGACGCCGAGGAUGUCUCCGGCGUCAACCCCGCCAGCCUGCUCGCCAGCAACCCCGCGCUCCUCGCUCUUGCCCAGGGCAAGCUCGGCUCGCUCGUCGGCCGUCCCUCUGGCUACAUCGAGUCGCUUCCCCCUGCCGUCCGCAGGCGUAUUGACGGCCUGAAGGGCCUCCAGGUCGAGCACUCGAAGAUCGAGUCCGAGUUCCAGCUCGCCAUCCUCGAGGUCGAGAAGAAGUUCCUCGCCAAGUACCAGCCUCUGUACGACCGACGUGAGGCGAUCAUCACCGGCAAGGAGGAGCCCACCGAGAAGGAGGUCGAGGAGGGCAAGAACGCCGACUCUGACGACGAGGACGAGGAGGAGACUGAGGGUGCUCAGAUCACCGAGGUUGACGACGACGGCAAGGAGAAGAAGGACGAGGGUGCCGAUGCCAAGGGUAUCCCCGAGUUCUGGCUCACCGCCAUGAAGAACUCGAUGCCCCUUGCCGAGACCAUCACCGACAGCGACGAGGAGGCCCUCAAGUCGCUCGAGGACAUCCGGUUGUCGUACCUCGACGGCCAGGCCGGCUUCUGCCUUCACUUCACGUUUGCUCCCAACGACUUCUUCGAGGACAAGGAGCUUACCAAGACGUACUACUACCAGGUCGGCUACGGUGGCGACUUUGUGUACGACAAGGCCGUCGGCUCGGACAUCAAGUGGAAGGAGGACAAGGACCUGACGAAGAAGAUUGAGAUUAAGAAGCAGCGCAACAAGACGUCUGGACGCACGCGUGUCGUGCGCAAGAGCGUGCCGACCGAGAGCUUCUUCAACUUCUUCAAGCCUCCCCAGCCCCCGACGCGCGAGGAGCUCGAGGAGGGCGACGUCGACGAGGAGGAGCUCGAGGAGCUCGACGGCCGCCUCGAGAUCGACUACCAGCUCGGCGAGGACUUCAAGGAGAAGAUCAUCCCCCGCGCCGUCGACUACUUCACCGGCAAGGCCCUCCGCUACGAGGACGACUUUGAGGACGAGUUUGAGGACGACGACGAGGACUACGAGGACGACGACGACGACGAGGACGGAGCCCAGCAGGGCGCCGACGGCCAGGACUGCAAGCAGCAGUAA